AUAUAUGUUUUAUGGGGAGGUAGCGAGCUUAUAUGAAAUAGAUAGUGCACAAAAUAAAUAAAACGAAAGCGAAAGGAAAACAAGAUUAAUUCAAAGAAAAGGUUUGAAUAGAGUUUGUUUGAGUGGGUGUGGAUUCAUUAUUUGAAAUCCCACUUCUUUGUCUCUUACUCUUUUGCUUUUAAAUUUGUUUUUCGUUUGAUCCCAUGUUCUUAAUAUUGCUCAAUCUGAUCAUACGCUUUUGUCUUCUGUGGCACCCUCAGAUCCAUCAAAACUAAACUUUUUCUUCUUCUUCUUUUGCUUUUCAUUUACCCUCGCCAUCUCCAUAUAACAUAUUAGACAAGAAAAUGGGCACAGGUUGGAGAAGAGCCUUUUGCACCACUAUUCCAAGAGAUUCAGAUUCCACUUCCAUUUCAGAUAAGCAGCACCAAGCAAGUCCUAGUCCCACCACAAAAACUAGCUGUGCUAAAUUAGGGUUUCUCUCCGGGGGAAGCAACCCAACUACACCUCGUCUACACUCCCAAUCUGCUGCUUCUAGUCCAAGCUUGCGUUGCAGAACCGCUUCCACUAAUGCCGAUCAUCACUCAUCUUCAACCAAUGAAACUCCAGUGCUCCGCUGUAAAACCACACCUAAAUCAGCUAAAUUUUCAAAUCCAACUUCUCCUGGAUCUCCUCUCAAGCUCUCUCUCUUCAAGAACAGCUUCAAGUUCAGGAGUAGCUGUGGAAUCUGCUUGAAUAGUGUGAAAACAGGUCAAGGCACGGCAAUAUACACAGCAGAAUGUUCACACGCUUUUCACUUUCCUUGCAUAGCUUCACAUGUCCGUAAAAAUGGCAGUCUCGUGUGCCCUGUCUGCAACUCUACUUGGAAAGAUGUUCCUCUGCUUGCUAUUCAUAAAAAUCUCCACAAUCCUGAUACUGAAAACGACACCGUUGAUAACCCCACCACCACCAGUGCAACUAAACUCAAAGUUGAAGAGAAGAACGUUGUUGUUAUAGAAUCUUCACCCCGUCUUCAACAACCGGUAACUCCUAAAAAAAUCUAUGAUUCAAGAUCUUAUGAUGAUGAUGAGCCAUUGCUUUCACCUACAGCCGGUGGCAGAUUCAUUACGAUUCCUGAAGCUGAUAAUGAGAACGUUGAAGAGGAAGAGGAGGAUGACGUGGAUGAAUUUCAAGGAUUUUUUGUUAAUCCGACGCCGUCUUCUUCAGUCAAACUGGAUGAUACCAAUAAUAUUUCAAGAAAUGUUCAGGUCAGACUAUUGCCUGAAGCGGCUGUUGUAUCCGCCGGACGCGGUUACGAAACUUAUGCUGUGGCAUUGAGAGUGAAAGCUCCACCACCGCCGCAGCAGAGCUCCCCACGGAGUCACACCAAUACGGCGUCGCUUCUGGAUCGUUCACAUAGAGCGCCGAUUGACUUGGUGACAGUUCUUGACGUCAGUGGAAGCAUGACCGGAGCUAAACUGCAAAUGCUAAAACGCGCCAUGCGUUUAGUUAUUUCAUCAUUGGGCUCGGCUGAUCGUCUCUCAGUUGUAGCUUUCUGUUCUGUUCCUAAACGGCUAUUGCCUUUACAAAGGAUGACGGCUCAAGGUCAGCGCGCGGCUCGUCGUAUUGUCGACCGGCUUGUUUGUGGUCAAGGUUCAAGCCUUGGUGAUGCUUUGAGAAAAGCUACUAAGGUGCUUGAAGAUAGACGGGAACGAAAUCCAGUUGCCAGCAUCAUGUUAUUAUCAGACGGUCAAGAUGAGCCUGUUCAAACCAACACCGCAAAUCAACGGCAUGGAUCGAGCCACAUGUCCUCAACGCGAUUUGCUCAUAUAGAGAUCCCGGUACACUCUUUUGGGUUUGGACAAAGUGGCGGCUACAGUAAUGAGCCGGCUGAGGAUGCAUUUGCUAAAUGUGUUGGUGGUCUGUUGAGUGUGGUGGUGCAAGAUUUGAGAGUCCAACUCGGCUUUUCUUCCGGCUCCGCUCCAGCUGAGAUAUUAGCAGUUUACACAAGCAAUUCCAGGCCUACCGUGCUCAGCUCCGGCUCCAUUCGGCUUGGUGAUUUGUACGCUGAAGAAGAGAGAGAAUUACUCGUGGAAUUAAGGGUCCCAUCAUCUGCAGUUGGGACCCACCAUGUGAUGUCUGUUCGUUGCCUUUACAAAGAUCCAGCUUCUCAAGAAGUUGUAUACGGACGUGAUCAGGCAUUAUUAGUACCACGUCCUCACGCCGUUCGAUCAUCAGCUCCUAAAAUCGAACGGCUCAGGAAUCAUUUCAUCACCACCCGAGCCAUAGCCGAAUCCAGACGGCUCGUCGAGAACAACGAUUUCACCAGUGCUCACCAUUUGCUGGCUUCAUCUCGAGCGUUGAUCUUGCAAUCCAGCUCAGCCUUAGGUGAUGAGUAUGUUAGAGGUUUAGAGGCUGAGCUGGCGGAAUUACAUUGGAGGAAACAGCAUCAAAUGGAAAUCCAGCAGCAGCAGCAGAUGAUGAUCCAACGGCGGAGGGGUAACGAGAGGGAUUCAAAUACAACGGUGGUAAUCGACGAGAACGGGGAGCCACUUACGCCGACAUCAGCUUGGAGAGCAGCUGAGAAGCUGGCUAAGGUAGCCAUGAUGAAAAAGUCGUUGAAUAAAGUGAGCGAUUUACACGGCUUCGAAAAUGCAAGAUUUUAAUAUAAUGAUGACUUAAUAAUAAUAAGAAAUUGAAGAAUUGAUUUUGAGAAAAACAAAUUGUGGAUUAUAAUUACAAAAUGAUGUUAUUAAAAUGGGAACAAUAACAACCUGAUAGGGCACUUUCUGCAAAAGGAAAAUGAUUAGGAUUAAUGUUUUGUUUAGUUUCUCUUAAUUUCAUAUCAAAAUUGUAAUCCACAAUCUAUUUCAAAAAAGGUUGUAAAUGGUAGUGCUAUAAGAUGGAGUUUUACCUUUA